UGUGUGUGUGUGUUUGUGUGUCUAUUGAAGGCGCCACGUCGGCAGAACCAGCAGGGUGAAAAAGAGAGCUGCGUAGCUCAGCCUGUCCGUGUGUGAAGGAGAAGAAGUUAGGCUUCAUUUUGACUUUAGUUCAGUGUUUUAAUGCCACAACAGAGACAAACCCACGAAGAAGAAGCAGCAGCAGCAGCAGAAAAAGAAGAAGCAGAAGAAGAAGCAUCCAUUAAACAGGCAGAGCAGCAGGUUUCCCUCACAGGAGAGGAAACAGUGUGACUUUGGUUCAGAGGCUGAAACAGAAGCUGUGUCAAGUUUCUCUGUCCAGGUGUGUUUGUGGCAGAAGCACUGGGAACAAUGGUGAAGAAUGUGAACACCGUUAUCGCGGAGCCCCAGCCUGGGACCAGCUUGGCCCCCGAAGAAGCCGAACCCGUCGACAUCCAACCCACAGAGGAUCCCGGUAAGGACCACGUGGUGGCGGCCCCCGGCAUAAUGUGGAGGGUCACCGGCGGCCUCUUCAACGUCACCAAGGGAGUCGUGGGUGCGGCGGUGGGCGGGGUGGCCUGGGUGGGCGGCAAAAGCCUGGAGAUCACCAAGUCGGCCGUGACCACGGUGCCCUCGAUGGGGGUGGGGCUUGUGAAGGGCGGGGUGUCUGCCGUGGCCGGCGGCGUCUCCUCGGUGGGCUCGACGGUCGCCAGCAAAGUCCCGUUCACAUCCAAGAGGAAAGACAAGGCAGAGUGAGGAGGAGGAGGAGGAGGAUGAUGAAGAUGAUGAUGAUGAUGGACCACCAGGGAGCCAGCUGAUCUCUGUCUGCCAAUCAAACUCCACAGUGCCUUCUGACGCCUUUUCUCGGUCUUCAGUCACCAUUGCAGAGAUCCAGACUUUGAUGCAAAUACACUACGUUCAGCCCCCGAAAUACUCAGUAAUACUAUGUUACCAUGGCAACCCAGAAUCACCAGAAUGCUGAGUCACUGAAACAUUUCAUAAAAAGUUAGUCAUCUGACUCGGGGUGGGAUUUAUUCGACUGGAAGUGAACAUCUGGCUCCAGGCAGGUCAUAUGACCCCGAUGAAUAUUUUUAUCUGUUUACAUUUCAGACUGAGGCUCUUCUCUUUCUGCUCCUCAGUCUUUUUCAAUCUACACAUAUUUAGUGACAAAGUUUCCGAAUUUAAGUGCUGAUUUUAAAUCUUUUUUUUGUUUUGUUUUCAAAGGUAUUGAAGUUCUAUUGAAACGUGUGCGACAAGAAUAGCGUGUAUAGAAAAAAUACAAAUGUUUCAGUGUUUUUUGAAUCAAGGGAUCAGCAACAUUCUUCAUUCUACUCACCUACUCUAGACCUUUGGAUGAGCCCCGGGGCGUUUUUACCCAGCAGCCUCGGAUCUGCGUGUUGGAACACUUCUCUGAAAUGUCUGGAGACACAAUCACGAAUACUGGGCUCAGGUCUCUUCCACAGCUACAUUAUUGUUGAAAUGUUUUGUUUUCAGUAUGUGUGAAAUGUUAAAAUGCUGCGCUGGACCUUUUUAAAAAGUUUACUUUUUUUUUUCUAAAGAUUUAAAAAAAACAUUCAGCAGCAUUUGAUUCAUUGAUGGUUUGUUUGAGAGGAAAAAGUUCCCCGAUGUUGUCUGAACUUCUCCCCCUCAGUGAAGUUUGAGCUGUACCUUUAAUCAGAAGCUGCGGCGCAGACAACAUUCGUGAACGUUUAUAUGCAAUAUUAGCAUUUCAAUGCAACAUUUUGAGUGAAUGGGAGCUGUUGCAGAUGGGACUAAACUAUGUGAAUGUCUUGUAUGUGUUUUUGUUUUUCCCAAUAUAUCAAAUAAAGUAGUUUGGAAG